GAGAACUUGAACUUCAAGCUGAGCACUUAAUCAUCUAGCAGGGGCGCAGGUCGGUUCUUUUGGACGUCUUCAAUUGCUUGCGGUAGCGCAAGAGGUAUUUUCAACGAAGCAGGAAAGUUUGCGAUUCCCAGCAUGGCAGCAGCAGGCACGUUUGCAAAGGCGGCUGCCGGGCAUUCCGCCCUGAGCCUUUCACAGACAAGCCGCAUUCAGCAGCAGACUGUGGCGCCCCUUGCAUCGUCCGCUUCUGUCUGCCUGCGCGGCUCAUCAACGCUUUCUGCAAAGCCGAGUGUAGUAUACAAGGAUGGGCGGCAGGACCAGGCAGUGCGUUGUGUGAUGGCCCCUGAGAAGGCUGACGUGAAGCAGAAUGUGGGGGAUUUCCAGAGGCCCGAUGCGAUGGGGAGGUUUGGCAAGUAUGGGGGCAAGUAUGUGCCCGAGACCCUGAUGUAUGCACUGUCGGAUUUGGAAAAGACAUACAAGGAAGUAACUGCUGAUCCAGCAUUCCAGGAGGAACUGAAAGGCAUCUUGAAGGACUACGUUGGCCGCGAGUCUCCCCUGUACUUUGCGGAGAGACUGACGGAGCGCUACAAGAGGGAAGACGGGACUGGGCCAAACAUCUACCUGAAGCGAGAGGAUUUGAAUCAUACCGGCGCUCACAAGAUCAACAAUGCUGUGGGGCAAGCCCUGCUGGCAAAGCGAAUUGGCAAGAAGCGGAUCAUUGCGGAGACGGGGGCCGGCCAGCAUGGCGUCGCCACUGCAACUGCGUGUGCCCGUUUUGGCUUCCAGUGCGUGGUCUACAUGGGAGCGCAGGACAUGGAAAGGCAGGCGCUCAACGUGUUCCGGAUGAGGCUGCUGGGAGCUGAGGUGCGACCAGUGACGGCCGGCACUGCAACGCUGAAGGACGCCACGUCAGAGGCAAUCCGAGACUGGGUGACGAAUGUGGAGGACACGCACUACAUUCUGGGCAGUGUGGCAGGGCCCCACCCGUACCCCAUGAUGGUGCGCGACUUCCAUGCAGUUAUUGGAGAGGAGACGCGGCGGCAGGCCCAUGAAAAGUUCGGCAAGGACCCUGACAUUCUAGUUGCGUGCGUGGGGGGUGGCUCGAAUGCAAUGGGUCUUUUCCACGAGUUCGUGAACGACGCGCAUGUGCGGAUGAUUGGGGUGGAGGCUGCAGGGCACGGCACACACACCGACAAGCACGCCGCGACGCUGACACUUGGCACGCAGGGAGUGCUCCAUGGGGCUAUGAGCUACCUGCUGCAGGACACGGACGGGCAGGUCAUCGAGCCGCACUCCAUUAGCGCAGGUUUGGACUACCCGGGAGUGGGUCCUGAGCACAGCUUCCUCAAGGACCUUGGUCGGGCGGAAUACUUUAGCGUGACGGACGACGAAGCUUUGGACGCUUUCGAGCGGACGUCGAAGCUGGAGGGGCUUAUCCCGGCUCUAGAAACGUCACAUGCACUGGCUUACCUCGAGGACUUGUGUCCUACCUUAGCGGACGGCACGAAUGUUGUUGUGAACUUCAGUGGUCGGGGGGACAAGGACGUACAAACGGCAAUCAAGCUUUUGGGAGAUAGGGUCAAGGGAGGUUUGAGCACACCGGGUCACUAACAUGGACAAUUAAACCUUAAUAUCGAGGCAAUCUCAAAAUUGCAUGAAUGAG